AUGUCGGUGGCCCGACUUCCUACUGAGAUUGACGAUUGGGAGUCUAAAAAGGUUAAGAGGAUGGCCUCACCCAUGCUAGGCUUCUCGGAUGAAGAUAAGAUCGGAAUUAUCCAAUCCCACGAUGAUGCUCUAGUUAUCACGCUCAGGAUUGGGGGAUAUGAUGUGAAGAGAGUGUUAGUCAAUCAGGGUAGCGCUAUGGAAGUAAUGUACCCCGACCUAUACAAGGGGCUGAAUCUGAAACUCGAAGACUUGACGGCAUACGACUCCCUUUUGGUAAGCUUCGAAGGGAAAACCGUUACUCCGAGAGGCCAGAUUAGACUGCCCAUACAAACAGGUUUGGAUAUAGUGGAGGUGGACUUUAUAGUGGUGGACGCAUACUCACCCUACACAGCCAUUGUAGCUAGGACUUGGCUUCAUACCUUAGGGGCUGUUUUCUCUACUCUGCACUAG